UGGCUGCGAGUGCCUAAGGCUGGUGAAAAGUAAACGGAGCUGCUUGGUUUGGAGAGGGAGAGGGAGAGGGAGAACCACAGGCAACACCAUGAGAAUCCGGAAUGUUUUAACUCUGUCUCACUGAAGUUAUAAAAUGCUUGAGCAAGACAAGAAGACCAAAGUUGCAGUGAAAACGGCAGAUGCCAAACUCAAAAGAAGUCUAGACAAAGAAUAUUCAGAUCUUAAGCGACUACUUAAUCUUUUGAAUGUACCAGCAAGCAAGCAACAGCUGCCAGCUUUAAAUGUUGACAAAGGCCGUGGAAUAGUAACUAAAUCACAACAACAGCGUUUUGUUCAAGGCAAACAAAAUGAUGGAAUUCGAUACGGGGAGCAACAACAGCAGUCAACUGAAGCUGUGGAACUUGAAACUUUUAGUGUCAAUUACAAAAAUGAAAGAAAGUUCAGUUGUCAUCCUCAUCACAAGCUCUUUUUGGAGAUUUUCGUUGCCCUUGUAAAGCAGAGGCUAACCUGCAGGCAAUGGGUGGACAGAGUUCCACCUGCUAAUUUUCUCCGGGUGUUAAUCUGUCUGAGAUUAAUAAUGAGGGAUCCAUUUUAUCAGAAAAUUUUCAGUGAACUUGGAGGAGUUGAAAGCUUGGCGCAGUAUAUGGAAACAGUGGCAAAUGGAUAUCUCGGAUAUGGAGGACAACAGUUUGUGGUUGACAGAUUGGUCACUGUGACAAAUAUUUUUCAAAAGCUAGCAGCUGUUGUAGAACAAAGAGAAUGGGUAAUUGCAUGUGGAGCCCACAAGACCCUAGUAAAGCUAUUGGCAGCCAAGCACAAUAAUGUACUACUGGGUGCUCUCCUUGCUCUUACCAGCUUGGCUGAAAGCCCAGAGUGCAGAGUGAAGAUAGGUGAACUCACCAUUGUAGAAAAUUUGUUAACAAUUUUACAAGAAUAUGACUUGCUGUCAAAAAGAAUGACUGCUGAGCUGCUUCGUCUACUCUGUGCAGACUCUCAAGUGAGAGAACAGGUGAAGAUCUAUGAAGGAAUUCCCAUUCUGCUUAGUUUGCUGCAUUCUGACCAUCUCAAAUUGCUGUGGAGUGUUGUAUGGAUUCUAGUUCAGCUCUGUGAGGAUCCGGAUACCAGCACUGAGAUUCGAUUGUGGGGAGGCAUCCAACAAUUCCUUCACAUUCUACAAGGAGAUAGAAAUUUUGUAUCAGAUCGUUCCUCAAUUGGAAGUUUGUCUAGUGCUAAUGCUUCAGGAAGAAUUCAACAACUUCAGCUGUCUGAGAAACUAAGCAUACAAGAAAUUCAAGAGAAUACAUUAUCUUUGCAAGAAGCAUGUUGUGCUGCUAUCACUGAGCUGGUACUUAAUGAUACAAAUGCUCAACAGGUUGUACAGGGGAAUGGCAUUUAUGUGAUAGGGAAGCUAAUCCUGCCAAGAAAACAAAAGAAUGCACUAAAAGCAGAUACCUUGCAGUGCUAUGCUUUUAGAGCUUUGCGUUUUCUGUUCAGCAUGGAAAGGAACAGACAAUUGUUCAAAAGAUUAUUUCCUCCUGACAUGUUUGAGAUGUUCAUUGAUGUUGGACAUUAUGCCCGUGAUAUCCAUGCAUAUGAAAACUUGGUCAUUAAGUUAAACUCUUUAACUACUGAUGAACUAAAACAAAUCACUGAAAAUAUAGAAGGAGUUAAUCAAAAUAAAGCCCCAACAAAAUUUAUUGGUAAUUAUGCCAUUUUAGACUAUCUUGGGAGUGGAGCAUUUGGUAAUGUCUGUAAGGUUAGGAAAUACAGUGGACAGAAUCUGCUAGCGAUGAAAGAAAUUAAUUUGCACAACCCAGCUUUUGGAAAAGACAAAAAAGACCGUGACAGCAGUGUAGAGAAAAUUGUGUCUGAACUCACAAUAAUUAGAGAACAGCUCCAUCAUCCAAAUGUAGUGAAAUAUUACAAGACUUUUAUAGAAAAUGAUCGUUUGUACAUAGUUAUGGAACUUAUCGAAGGAGCACCCCUUGGUGAGCACUUUAAUUCUCUCAAAGAAAAGCAACAAAAGUUUACAGAAGAAAGAAUAUGGAAUAUAUUUAUACAAAUAUGCCUUGCAUUGCGUUAUUUGCACAAAGAAAAAAGAAUUGUCCACAGAGAUCUUACACCGAACAAUAUCAUGCUGGGUGAACUAGACAAGGUAACAAUAACUGAUUUUGGCCUUGCAAAACAGAAACAAGAAAACAGCAAAAUGACUUCAGUUGUUGGGACUAUACUAUAUUCCUGUCCAGAAAUAGUGAAGAGCGAACCUUAUGGAGAGAAGGCAGAUAUUUGGGCAGCAGGAUGCAUUCUGUAUCAAAUGGCGACUUUAAAUCCUCCAUUUUACAGUAGUAACAUGCUCUCCUUGGCAACAAAGAUUGUAGAAGCAGCCUAUGAACCAAUACCAGAAGGACUCUAUUCUCACAAAGUUUUCAAAACUAUUAAAAGGUGUUUGACCCCUGAUUCAGAAGAACGACCAGAUGUUGUGGAAGUAAGUGCAAUGAUUUCAGAUAUUAUGAUGAAAUACAUGGAUAACUUAUGCACAAUGCAGAUAACAAUGGAAAAGAAGCUUGAUCGGGAGAGAAGACGCACACAGAGAUAUUUCAUAGAAGCUAACAGGAAUGUAAUGAAUUACCAUCAUCAGAUCUCCAUGCUAUCACAAGACCAUUAUGAUAAGUCAAGACUUGGAGGCAGCAGUGGAACAGCCAUCAUGAAGAGUGAAUCAACAGAAACCAGUGACAGCCCAUUAGAUGACACACACACACAGCAUAAUAAAAAUGGGGAUGAGAGACUGAAUGAUGCAGUAUUUAUUGAGAACAUUAAUUCUGCUGAGAACACAGAAAAAGAUAUAUGUCUAGAAAUGGAUGAUGAAUUGAACAUUUCAGAUCACUUUAGCAGUUCCAGUCCAAGCCCCAUAAAGAAUUCCACGCUGGGUCAGAGUUCUUCCUCUAGCUUCUUUAUUCAGGGACAAUUACCUCAGUCACUGUCAGGAGCAGAGACUGCACACCUUAACAACAGUCUACAGUCACAUUCCCUUGAAAGCCCUGGCUGCCUUGAUAUAACAGCUACUCUACCAAGAAGCAUCAGUUCUAUUGGCACUGAGAGUCAAUACCAAGUUGAGGCUGAAGGAAAGCCAAGAAGAUCAAAUACCAAAUCUCGACCAGAUCUCCUACAACUAGGCUUACUUCUGCCAUUACCUUCUGUUGGAAUCAGAGCUUGCUUGAAGAGAACAGGAAAUUCCUUAAGCUCAGGGUGGCAAUGCCAUAGUCUACCAGAUGUAGUGCUUCGAAGGCUGAAGGAUCAUGCAUCUGCUGGAAUAGCAGUGUCUCAACGGAAAGUGCGCCAAAUCAGUGACCCAAUUCAACAGAUUCUCAUUCAGCUGCACAAAAUCAUCUAUAUCACACAGCUUCCACCUACUUUACAUCACAACUUUCGAAAAAGUGUUAUUGAAAGGUUCAAAAAGUCAUUAUUCAGUCCACAGAGCAAUCCCUGCAACUUGAAAGCAGAGCUUAAAAAGGUCCUUCAAGGGUCCCCUGAACUGAUUGAACUGAACUUUGUGACAGCAGAUUGUAAUUUAAUGCGACAAACAUCAAGAGAAAAUGCAGCAUUCCCUGGAGAUAGGGCAGUCAAUACAUAUAGCUAUGAAUAUGAAGAUGGAAUAACAUAUGAGCAGAUGCAGACUAUGAUUGAAGAAGUUCUGAUUGAAAGUGGUUAUUACGAUAUCCUGAACACUGUUAACAGGAAUUACACUUAUCCAUGGGCAAUGAAGAACCAUUUGACUGCACGCCGAUAGUCUUCUUUUCAGAUCUUCAUAAAAAUUCAUCAACAGAACUGCCUGCGCACAGGAUUGUAGGAAGGAAUAUGCAUUCAUCACUUGAAAAGCACAUUGAACUGUUAAAUAUAUAUGAAUAGGAGGUAUUACAUUCACAAAUACGAUGCAGUGUACAUCAUACAUAUUUCCUAUCCAAUAUUUUAUGUUUUCAGCAAACUGAAUUGCUUCAAAGUGAUUUCUGUUUUCAUCGUUUAAAAUGCUUAAGAAUUGGAUUCAGUUAUUAAUGUGAUUUGUGAAGUUUAUUCAAUUUGGCAAGGUUAACAUUGAUUUGAUACAAAAUAUUGUGAAAAUGAGCUCAGACUAGCAUUGAUGUCAUAGCUGAAUAAUGCUGUUUGUUCUCAUAACCUUUUGCUUGAAUUUCUUAACAGACUCAAUAAUCAAUAUAAAGAAUGAUUUUUUUACAGUUCAUUACACUGGCUUUAAGUGAAACAAUCGAGAAAACUAUGAGGAUCCAUCUUAGGAGAUUGAUUAUCAUCAUGUUUAGCCAUAAGCAACAUCUAUUAUCUAUUUAGUUUAAUAAGCACAUUAUUGACAUGAUUUUUAUGCUUGUGUGUAAAAUUAUUAAUAAGAUGUGAGACUAUUUAUGCAGGAAAUGCAGCACAAGGCAUGGUUUAGAUAAGUUCUGCCGAUUCAAAACCACCAACGAUCUAGUCAAUGUUUCCUGUUUGUCCAUAUAAUACAUAUGCAAGUAAUUGAUUUUUUUCAAAUCGACCUUCAAUAUUUUGAGAUAAUGAAUUCCUCAUGAAAGGAGUGGUCAUAUUUUGUGUUUAAAAGCUGUAACAACUUCCCUUGCAGCGUAAAGAGAGCAAGACACUAGCAAUUUGUUCAAAGAAAAGUUCCCAGCCAUUGUACUAAGGGAAAAUGUAUUAAAAUUAGCUGUAUUGAAAUCUUUUCAGUGAAGAAUAAAAGGAUAGCUAAAUAAGAACAUCAAGUUUCCACAAAUAUGGUUAGAUAAUCAAUGUGUACGACCAAAACUGACCAAUAUUGCAACAUUAUAAUUAUAUAUUUUUUCCUAAACUAGGAAAGAAAAGACUGCAACUGAUAUUUCUAUUUAAGAAUGAAAAAUGUUAAAAUUUUUCAUUUUCUAUUUAUCUCCUGCUUUAUUAAUAGAUUGUCAGCCUCAUUUAUUUGUGUUAUUAAAGUCUUGUUAUGUUGCUGCCUAAUAAGAACCUGCCAUAGCAUAUACAAUGAAUGGUUUCAAUGUAUAUAAGCAUCAACUAUUUCUUUAUAGUUUAUCUGAAAGCGUCAGCACAUUUAUCAAAAUGUAAGACAAUAUGUUUUGAGAAAAAAGGGACUGCUUCUAUAAUUUUCUGACAUGUUACAGUAUUUACUCUAUAAUGUAACUGCAAAUGUUGGAUCAAAUGUAAAACCAGUACAAACAGUGGCUGUGCCUUCAUUCAUAAGGAAAGUCCCAAUAGUUGAUGACUGUCUCCUAAAGUUAUUACAACCAAAAAUAAUUCAAACACUGUUCAAAAGUAGAAGUCUUUUCAAAAAACUUUCCUACUUUGUUAUACUGUUAGAUGGAUUGAGCUCACAUCAUAGGGUGCACUGAUAUUACUGUUCAUCAGUAAUGUAUGCUCAUAUGUGACUUAUUUUCUUAGUAAGUUGCACUUCAUUGUGAAUCUACCAUUAUUACUAAUGCACAAAAGUCACUUAUAGAUUCCAAAACCUGUGAUUACUGUAACACAGUCAUCAUAAACAAUUUUUGUCAAUUCUCCAAAGUCUAAUGCUUGCUGGGAUUUGAGUCUACCUUGAAAAUUGUGACUCAGGUACGUCACUUUAAGCAGCAAGAAAGAACUUGCUACGUGUCAUUAUUAACUUUUUGAUUGUUCAUGUAACAAUAAUGGCAUGGUAUUACACUUAAGUGGAUCUUUAAGGAAAUACAUUUUUAUUUAAACAUACAAUUUAAAUAUUGCUCACUUGUGCUGUGCAAAUUGAGUGAUUAAGUGUAUUUAA